AUGUCCGCCGUCACACAGGAAUCGCUCGCCUCGGCGAUCCAGUCGCUCCUCUCGUCCCUGCCCAGCUCGCUCGAUGCGCUGCCUCCCAUCUCGCCCGCCCCGGCGCUCCCCACCACGAGCGCCGAAGUCGCCGCGCUGAUCGACCACACGCUCCUGGCACCCAACGCGACGCUCGAUCAGAUCUCCGCCGUGUGCGAUGAAGCCAAGCAGUACAAGACCGCCACCGUCUGUGUCAACUCGUCCAUGAUCCCGUACGUUGCCAAGCACCUCGCUGGCACAUCUGUCAAGCCAAUCUCGGUGAUCGGCUUCCCCUUUGGCUCGGCCAACACGCCGUCCAAGGUGCUCGAAGCCCGCAUUGCCUGCGAGCAGGGAGCACGCGAGAUCGAUAUGGUCAACAACAUCGGCCUCCUCCGCUCGGGACACUAUCUCGAGGUCCACAACGACAUCGCCGAGGUUGCGACCGAAUGCAAGAAGCACGGCGCCAAGCUCAAAGUCAUCCUGGAAACCGCGAUGCUGACGAAAGAAGAGAUUGUCGCAGCGAGCUACCUGGCCUGUUUGGCGGGAGGAGACUUUGUCAAGACCAGCACGGGCUACGGCGGCCCCGGCGCAAAGGAGGAGGAUGUUCGACUGAUGUACGAGGUAGCCACACGGGAAGGACUGGGAUGGAAGGGGACGGAGAAGGAGGUCAAGGCAAGCGGUGGAGUGAGGUCGCUCGAGACUGUGCAGAAGAUGGUCAAGGCGGGAGCGACCAGGGUCGGCGCCAGUGGGACUAGGGCUAUUGUCGAGCAGAUGAGCGGCGCAGCGGCGCCGGCGGAGGGCGGAUCGAACUACUAG